AUGUUUAAGGGCACGCCUGGACGGGAUGGUUACCCGGGUCCUCUCGGUUUGGAUGGACUGCCUGGUCUUCCUGGUCAGAAGGGAAGUGAGGGAUUGGCUGGCCCCAAAGGAGACAAGGGGGAUCAAGGAGACAUGGGACCCAGGGGUCCCCCUGCAUUACAUGGGUCAGCAGGUUUACUAAGUAAUCAGAUUCUCACUGUCAAGGGUGACCAGGGCCAGGCUGGGCCCCCUGGCCCGCCCGGUCCUCCGGGACCUCAUGGCCCCAGGGGCCCUCCAGGGAACACGGGGAGGGAUGGGCCCCGCGGAGAAGCGGGUGUGCUGGGCCCACCUGGUCUAAAUGGAUUGGAUGGAAAGGAGUUAUCUGUCUACUCACAGGGGCCAAAAGGACCACAGGUAAAGGUUCUUAUGCACACAAAGACAAACACACACACACAAACACACAGGUACACACACAAGCAGUCUCCAGCUGACUGUAUCCUCUGUUGUUUUGUGCAGGGGGAGAAUGGACAGCAAGGCAUGUCAGGGCCAGAGGGGCCUUCGGGAUCGAAGGGGGAGAAGGGGGAGGUGGGAAAGACUGGACCUCGUGGGGUCAUGGGUUUCCCAGGAGAGAAGGGCAUCCCAGGGUCCUUUGACACUGCUCUCAGCCAGACAUAUAUUCAGGGCCUCGCCGGACCACCGGGGCCCCCUGGGGAGCCCGGGCUGAAGGGAGACGCUGGCUUACCUGGUACUGAUGGGGAAAAGGGUCAUAAAGGAGAAAGGGGUGAACCAGGGACCCCAGGAGCGGCAGGCGAGAAGGGGGAUAAAGGACAGUAUGGCCAUCCUGGUCUUCAGGGGGCAGCGGGACAAAAAGGAGAGGGAAGAGACUUUCGCUUUGAGGAGAAUCUGGCUCAGCUGAUCUCCAUACCCGGCCCUCCAGGGCCCCCCGGACCCCCAGGGUUCACGGGACCUCACGGAUUACCUGGGUCCAAGGGUGAACCUGGGGAGAUGGUAAAAGGAGAGAAGGGGGAUGCUGGAAACAUAGGACCCCCUGGUUUGAGGGGAGUUCCUGGUUCAACUGGAUUGGUUGGUCUCCCUGGUACCAAAGGUGGAAAGGGAGAACAAGGACAGCCAGGGUUAGAUGGCUUCCCUGGACUGAUGGGUGAGAAGGGGGUCAGAGGAGAUAGAGGAGAGAAGGGUGACCGGGGCCUGGGGGGUAAGAGGGCUAUGAAGGGCCAGAAGGGCGAGCAGGGACCCCCAGGAUUGGACCAACCUUGUCCUGUGGGUCGGGAUGGGUUACCAAUACCAGGAUGCUGGCACAAGUGAUGAUGAACAACCCAGAAGAGAAGAGGAAUUUGUAUAUAUUGAUAUAUAUUUUUUCAACUACAAAAUUGUAGUUUUUUUUGUUAAUUCCUAUUUAAUAUAUUGAGUUUUUUUGUUGUUGACAUUUUUAUGCUUAAAACAUUUGCAUAUGGGAAGGAG